AUGGAAGGAGCCGAUCGUGUGUACGCAUCCACAUUCAGGCAAAGAAUGGAUGACAUUCUGCAUACAAAUGUCGAGUCAGCACACGACGGAAGCAUCCCACGUGCUUCGCAGCGCAAUUCACCAGAACCUGCACUAGGACCGCAGGAUUCUGCAUUGCAAGUUGGAGGACCAGCGUCCCCAACCCCAUCACUCUUACCCGCCUAUGUUCCCCCCAUCUGGGAAUUCGAUGGACACCAGUUUGAGCAUCUAGAAGAUGCGCUCAGACAGUCCGCUCCUGGAGAGGUUCCGGACCACAUCCGUGAAUGGGUUAUUGUCGCAAUGAAGCUCACGGUCAGUACCGAAGUCACUAAGGUCUACAAUGUGCUCAGAAACAAGAUGUACGAGCACAAGAAAGCCUUCAAGUCGCUGAUCCAAAACAACAAGAAGAUCGGGAAGCUCAAGAAUAGGAUCCUCGCGCAAGAUGCACAUAUGACAGUUUUGAACGAUGAGCUCACGGGAACCCAGGCGGCAAUGCUCGACACAGGCAAAGAAAUGAUGGAAAUCAAGGCAGCUAAUGUCAAGCUGCGACAUGAGCUAGCUUCGCUCAAAGCAAGCGGCAUCACUGUGACACAAGGUCAAACAUCCGGCACAGUCCAAUCACACAAACCCCGCAUCAAAAUUGCUGAGCCUCCACACUACUCGGGCAAAGGAAGUCUGGAGGAUUGGCUCCAACAACUCGGUAUAUGGAUGCGGUGGAAUGAGAUCAAUGACGAUGAGCACAAGAUCACCACGGCCCUGCUACAUUUGGAAGGUGGCGCAUUCACAUACAUGUCUGAAUAUGUGACCAGAGCAGCAGCACGGCAGGCACUUGGCACAUGGGAAGACUUCGUCAACAUUCUCAAAGUGAACUACAGAACCCUCGACCUGGACAAGGAUGCGCAGCAGCAUCUGAAGGAUAUCUGUGGCAAGACGUAUCCCACAAUGGUAUCCUUUGCAGAACAGUUCCGCCAAUGGGCCACUAGGACCAACUUAGGGCACACUGCACUCAUCGGUUACAUCGCUGAACACCGAAGCAAGGACGUACGCCAGGCAAUGGUCACACGAGACAGUCUAGGAAUUUCUGACCCCAUCACAUGGCCAGAAUAUCUCAACCUAUGCCUUCAAUUAGAGUCCAAGUUCAGAGCUGACAAGGCAGGACAAUGCAGAACAGUUACAACAUCAUCAUCAUCAGCACCACGGGCCCCGAAAGACCCCAACGCAAUGGUCGUGGAUCGAGUAUCCACCCUCACCAAGGAACAAGAAGGAUGGCUGGAGAAGAAGCUGUGUGUACGAUGUGGGAAACACCCCUUCGUUUUUAAACAGCGAUGCCCAGACCCCAAGUACAAAGGCAAAUUCAAAAUGCCGAAGCGGGGCCAAGCAACAAGGGCAAUUUCUUCAAACGUGGCCUCAGACAUCUCCAACGACAGCAAGGCGAGAUAUGAAGCAGUCCGUGCUUUCAUCGCCAGCUACAACACGAAGGGAAAGGAAAAGGAGGCAGAACCGGAACCAGCUGUCGAAGCAGCUAGGAUCACGGAGGUAGAAGAUGAUGAGGAUUUUCUUCGGUGGGUUCUCUGA